CUAAAUCAGGUAAAUGAACGAGGUGGACGAUAGCUCAGGCGAUGAUUUAGACCUGGAUUCAAAGCUUUAUCAGUAUACUCAGGAAGGAGACCUAGACUAUAAGUCGUAUAAUAUCUCCACCAAGGCCCCUGACGAACGACGCUACGAGAAUUCAAAGAUUUCUGCAGAAGGAGGUAUCAAACAAUGUUGGGGUUCAGCCUUGUUUCUUGAUGUACCCGAGGUUGACAUUUUCUCAAAUAAGCCUAAAGAUCACCCGAAGUUGACCUUAAAUUGCACAUCCUUUACUCCAAAUCCUAAGAGUCGUAAUGAAAUCCAAGAGAAAUGAAAACUAAGCACGAAUUCUAAAUAGAUUUGUGAAGAAAGGUGUUCCAAAACUAAACCUUAAUUUUAACCAAUCAGUAUCAAAACCCAAGGUUGAGAUACCUCUUUUAAAACUGCCUAAGGCUCCUGUACAGAGGUCUUUUCAUUGUAACCCUGGAUUUCAGACCCAGAGGCCUGAAAUGAAGCCUUGUAACUCCUACCAUCCUGCUCCAAAAUCAGCAAGGUCAAUUGCACAUUCAGAAUUGGAGGGGACAUCUCAAGGCCUCAAACAAAAGGGAAAAGUCAAUUCUAAAAUAAAAUUUCCAAACGGAGGCUGGGUCUGCAGCAUUUGCCAAAAUUACAACUUCCAUGGUAGGAAGAAGUGUAACCGCUGUAAGAAGGAUAAAGCUUGCACUGAUUUCAACGGGAAGCCGUUGCAUCUACUGAAAGCCGAGGGCAAGCUACCCCAGAACUUCCCGACUCGAGGAGUAGGGAUUUCUAACAAUCCCAAUAGCUCUUUUGGGUCACAGUCUGUGCUUGCAUACACAGAGGCUGGUAAACAAGAGCUAGAAAUCAUCAAUUCAGCAAGAUCUUGCCAAAUUGACUUGGAGAAGUCAAUUUCUUCUUGUAAAGGCAAGAAGUUGGUGGAGAAGAAGGGAGAUUGGACUUGUAAGAAGUGCCAUAACCUCAACUUCGCCUUCCGCAAGCGCUGAAACAGAUGUAAAAAGGUAAGAAGUAAGUAAAUUUUUCAAGACAAGCUUCAAUAAUUCAUAUUUUAUCAGGG